GGUAAUUUGCCCAUCCCUGCUGGUAGUAAAUGUGACUUGUGUUGUAUUUACUUAUUAUAUAGAAGACGGAUUAAUGAUUUUUCAAAAAUUGCAUAAUUAUUACUCAGUAAUGAGCUGUCGAGCUGAUAUAGUCCUUACCCUUCUUUCUGCAUCGAUGAUUGAACAAGAAAUAGAAACGUUUUGUUUAAGAGCUGUGGAGGACACACAGGGUGAUGUAAAACGUAUGGAAAAUGCUCGUACAGACUACAGGGCUGCUCUAAAUUGGAUGAAAGACGUUUCCCAAGAAUUGGAUCCAGACACCAAUUCACAGUUAGACAAAUUCAAAAACGUACAGACCAAAGUAAAGAAGUCUAAGCAGCAGUUUGAUCACCACAAAUUGAUUUGUUUGCAAAAAGUCGACCUGCUCGCYGCUGCGCGUUGCAAUAUGUUUUCACACGUCCUUAUUUUCUAUCAACAAAGUUUGCAGCGAUUUGCUGAAACCGUCGCAGCAUCGUUUGAACACGCAACUAAAGAUUUCAAACAGUAUCAACAUUAUGAUUUCAAAAUGAUUAAAGARUUGCGAACCGACUCUGUGCAAUCUACGUCCAAGACAGACGAUAACAGUAAUGAUUCAAGCUCGUACACAGAAUUGGGCAUAGAAGCAACUUGCGACCAGAUAGAAGAAACAAACGAAUCUGCAUUGCUUUCAUUGUUCGAUGGAAGCGACAAUUUUGGAAAUUUCUUAUCAAAUCCUUAUGAAAGUAAUCAAGAAGAAAARGACUCAGAGCUUAAACGAUACGGAACAGGAGAUGAUUUUUUACCAUCCCAAUUAUUGUCGGACUUGCUAUCCGGAUCAACUGCACCUGUUAAUACAACUACUAAAGUGAGUUUAAAGUUUUCAAUUAACGAUACCUAA